GAGAACACGAGGAAGUGACCCAGCAAAGCGAGGAGGAAGAGUCUCGUAUGUAAACAGUUUCUUCACCUUGAGCUGAGAUUAUAAAGUGGUUCCAGUUUACGGUGCUAUUACCCUCCCUGCAGGAGGAGAGUGCGUGUGUGUGUAAACCAUGGAGAAUUCAAACAAGGAGGAGUACAAGAUCCAGUCCUUUGAUGCGGAAACACAGCAGCUGCUAAAAACGGCGCUGAAAGAGCCAGGUGCGGUGGACCUGGAGAAGGUGGCCACAGUGAUUGUGGAUCAGUCGCUGAAGGACCAGGUGUUCAGUAAAGAAGCCGGUCGGAUCUGCUUCACCAUCGUUCAGGCAGAGACCAAGCAGAGCGGCUCCAACAUGUUCCGGAGGAGCCUCCUGAACCGGCUGCAGCAGGAGUUCAAGAACCGGGAGGAGACUCGGAGCAGGUCCUUGCAGGAGUGGGUCUGCUACGUCACCUUCAUCUGCAAUGUCUUCGACUACCUCAAGGUGAACAACAUGCCCAUGGUGGCGCUGGUCCACCCUGUGUAUGAUUGUCUCUUCAGACUGGGCCAGGCGGACUCGCUGCAGAACGAGGAGGAGGUGGACUGCCUGGUGCUACAGCUGCACCGGAUCGGGGACCAGCUGGAGAAGAUGGACGUGCAGCGUAUGGACGACCUGUUCUUCUUGCUGCGGGAUGGCUUCCUGCUGCAGGAGGGGCUCAGCUCGCUGGCACGCCUCCUGCUGCUGGAGAUCCUGGAGUUCAGGGCGGGGGGCUGGCGGCUCAGUGACACGGGACAGAAAUACUACUACAGUGAGCUCGUGGACUGAGGAGGGACAGGAGCAGGGCAGGGGUUAGAGAUGGCAGAUAUCACAGUGGGGCAAGGGUCGGGGAAAGAGAUCUUAGCAGAGAGCAGACCAGCUAGAUACAACUACAAUCCACUACAGUGAAGCACGCACACAUUUUGGCGAAUGCCUAUUGGCUUCUAGUUGCACCUAAGUGCAGUAUCAGGUGUGUAAAGGAGUUGGUUUUUGGCCACUAAAUGAAGUUCCAAGAUGUUAAAAUACUGCUCAGUAAUGUAAUCAUUCAGCAAGAUUCAGUGGCUCUCAUCCUUAAACUUAGUUCACAGCUGCAGGUAUACUGUCAGCUUGAACAGAUACAACAUGAAGUGUAUGCUUUUCAGAUAUGUAAAGUGUGCACACUUCUCUAGAUUACACAGUCUUAGAUUUUUCAAACCAGCCCCAACAGGAUUGACUCCUGACGCCUCUAACCCUACAGAAAACCCCAGAGUGCAUCACUGUGACUGCUGAGCACCAGCUGAGUCAAACCAAACAGAUCACUUUAGUUGUGCUGCAGGCUUCACUGUGCGUGCAUGGGUCCAGCAGAUCUUUAAUCACAGGUUUGCCUUCCUUUUUUGAUGGGUGGGGGGUUGUUUAGUUUCGUAACAGCCCCGGUUGCAGUUUGACAGGUCUGUCCAUGCCCCGUGCAGUGAUGGUCUCACGUCAUGGUUGCUUUACACAUGCUGACAGAAGGGGGUGCUGUUUCCACAUCACAUUCUCUGUUCAUGUACCUGUUUUGGGAUGUGAUUGGUUGCAAUACACAGAUCUAGGAGUAGGCUAAUCUGGAUUUUUUUUUUUUCUUUUUAUAACUUUUCUACACUGUUUUUGAUACAGAAGUUGAUUCAUUAAGCCAGGGCUGAACCACUUUCUGGUGCUGAAAAAAAAAAAAAAAACAUAAUGUAAUGUAAAGAAUUCUUGUUGAUUGGAGUUGGAAGAAAUGUUGUUACCAUGUUGUUUCCAUUAUCAACUUCACACCCAGGUCGUGCUAAUCCAGGAUCAGGGCGAGGGUCAGUUCCUGCUUUUCAGUUCCAUUUUAAAAUCAAUUUCCAGUUCCUUUUAAAUCAUUCCUAGAACAUUACUGAGCAAAACUGCACGAAAUGAAAGCUGGUUUUACUACCAUUGCUCUCUCUUUCUAUUUCUUGCCUUUAAAAGACAUUGCCUCAGCAAAGGCCAUUGCCCAGGAUGAAAACUGUAAACGGUAAACUGUAGCUGCCAAUCGCUUGAUUGUGUGCAUCGCCUUUAAGAACGCAGUGUUCAGGGUUUGGGAAAACAGAGGGGCAAAAUUCACCUUUCUUUUUGUCAUUAAGGAUUUUGAGAUGUUUUCUCAUGCAUGAGAUUAAAUAGGUCACAAGGUAUGAAAUACAUAUAUAUAUAUAUAU